CUCCUUCAACGUUACACUUUCUUUAUUUUUCUCUAUAAAUGGCUCCUUCCAUUUCCUCUUACCAGAAACCCCCUAACAUUUAUCCUUCCCAAGGAGAAGAAGAAGAAGAAGGAGGCUAGGGAUUUUGAUUCCAUUUUUUACCAUUAUUUAAUAGUAUUCCCCACCUUCUUCUUCUACAUUUAUCAUAUAGUUAAAUAAAAUCUCCAAUGGCACAAGUGAAAUUGCUCUGUUCCUUUGCUCUGUUUCUCUUCAUUACAGGUGCAAAUUCAGCUGCAACAUUUACAAUGGUGAACAAAUGCCAACAAACAAUAUGGCCGGGAUUAUUAUCCAACGCCGGAAUUGCACCACUUUCUACAACAGGCUUUGCUCUACAAAGAGGUGAAUCGAGAACAAUUACUGUUCCCUCUUCAUGGGGUGGUAGAUUCUGGGGCCGUACACAUUGUACCGAAGAUUCCACCGGAAAAUUUACCUGCGCCACUGGAGAUUGCGGUUCCGGUAAACUGGAAUGCGCCGGCGGUAACGCAGCACCGCCGGCAACACUAGCUGAAUUCACACUCGAUGGCUCCGGCGGCAUGGAUUUCUUCGACGUUAGUUUAGUCGAUGGGUACAACUUACCAAUGCUUGUAGUACCACAAGGUGGAACCGGAAACAACUGUACGGCGACCGGAUGUGUUGUGGAUUUGAACGGCGCGUGUCCAUCGGAGUUGAAAGUACAGAGCGUGGGUGGUGAGAAUGUCGCGUGUAAAAGCGCGUGUGAAGCAUUCGGACAAGAUGAAUAUUGUUGUGCCAGGGCGUAUAAUAAUCCCAACACAUGUAAACCGUCGUCGUAUUCCAUGUUGUUUAAGAAAGCUUGUCCAAGUGCUUAUAGCUUUGCUUAUGAUGAUAAAACAAGUACUUUUACUUGUGCUGGUGCCAGUAAUUAUCUCAUCACUUUUUGUCCUUCUCCUAAUACCAGCCAAAAGUCAUCAUCAUCAUCAGGUGGACAAAGCCAAGAACCAGACGACAAGAACAACAACGAUAAUAAACCAUCAUCAACAAUGGACAACUCUAUGGUAUACGAUGGUGCAUGGGAUGUAAGCACUGCAUCUUCAACCACGUGCAUGCACGUGAUCAGUUCACCGGCCAUAGCCGGUGCCGUCGCCUUCUUGACCGCCACUUUCCAGUUGCAUCGUCACCUCUUCUAACUUUUUUUUGCCAACACCCAAAAAAUAGUAGGCCGAAGCCCAGCCCGGCCCGGCCCUUCUGAUUUUGUCGGAAUUUGGGGGUGUUGUAUCACGUUGUGGACCCAUUUAAUUGGGCCUUGUGACCCACAUCUAUGGGCCCAUGUGACGAGGAAAUGAGUCACUUUGAAAGAAUGCUUACGUGUCAAUUUAUUUGACAAACACCUACUCACCUUAUUAUUGGUGGAAUGAGAGGGAACUUUAUAGCCACAAAUUUAGAUAUAAGAUUUUUAAUUUGAGGUUAUUUUAGAAUUUUGUUUGAUUUUUUUACUUUAUAUUUUUAAUUUGAAUUAAGAUUGGGAUUAGGUUUAGGAGGGGGAGAUUCAUUUGUUAGGUAGGUUUUAGAAAUGAUGUAUAAUAUGCUUAUAUUUGUAACCACUGCAGUUGGUGGAAAUACUAUAGACACUUAAAAAUAGAUUGUUAAUUUAUUUAUUA